CGCUAUUCUUCAAGCGCAGGGCUAACUUCGCCCUCCAGGUGCCUUUCCUGGCGUCUUCACGUCCCAACGAUCUUGCUUCGAUACGAAGUAUCACGUCGGGGUCACCAAAAUGUUGCUCUUUCCACGCGAGACACGGAACCUGACACAGCAAUGUGAUGUUCACAGGGUUCGCUUUAUUGCCGGAGCGGGCUGGCUUUAUAGCAAAGCUGCCCUGUCCACGCGCCUUACAACAACGCUCCUUUAGUUUCUUCUGUCUCUGGCUUCACCUCUCAGCCAGGCUGGCGACAGCCCCAUCCCCCCGGGGCGGGGGGGCUCUGCCACUACAGAAAAGCAAAGAUUGGUAAGAAGAAAUAAGGCAAAAAGACAAGGGAUUACAAUUACCCACAGUAGGGAAAAACCUGUUUAUAGAUCUUAUGGAAAAUAGCCCAGGAAUUAAAUGUCACCUCAUGCUGGAUAUGUGGGGGGUCUCAAAUGACUGAUACAUUGGACGAACCUCUUGUAAGCUAGUGUCGCGGGUAAAUUCAUCAAAUACCUCUAUUGCUCCCACUUGGUACCCAGGCCCACCUAAUGGAUAUUGGUCUCGAAAUGGUAGCCUGGUGGAAGAAAACAGGGUUCGUGAUAGCAUGUGCAUUUCUGGGUUUACUGUUUGUGCCGUGUAUGAUCCUGUGCUUUAUUCCGUUAAUACAUCCAGUAGUCCAAGGCAUGCAAAUCUCAGGCAUGCCUAUAGAUCCUAAAAAGGCAACUUAGCAAGAUUUGUCAGGAAGCAAAAAUUCAAUGGGCUCAGGCCUUGCCAAUAGUGGUGUUGUGUAUUAGAAUUAAACCUAGGAGUGGAAUGUCAGUAAGUCCAUACGAAAUUCUGUAUGGCAAGCCAUAUGAAGCACCGGAUCCAGAUCCAAGUGUACAUGUAAAAGGUAAUCAGGACUUCUACAAUUAUGUGUUGCCUCUCGGCAGGACACUGAAUCAACUCAGAUCCGCACUAGUGUGGAAUCGCCCACUAGCACUUGAGAAUCCGGUACAUGAUACAGAGCAUGGAGACACGGUGCAUAUAAGAACUUGGAAUAAAGAAACUUUAAAAGAACGUUGGGACGGACCCUAUCAAGUACUCUUAACCACAUUAACCGCAAUUAAGGUUGCUGGAAUAGACUCCUGGAUACACUACACCAUUCAACACAAGAACCGAGAGGUUUUUGACACCUGCUUUCUUGUCGGUGUCCUACUGAGCACUAGCACAAAGCCAAGAGUGUUGCUCAGCAGCACCAACCACGUCUGCCAGGAAUUAGUCUUCAACAUGAACCAGGGGCAGCAGAAGGCAAUCACCAGCACCACAGACAGCAAAGGAGAAGUCUGCAAGAUCCCGUAAGGCUGGAAUAGACUGUUGGCAUCUGCUCUCCACGGCAAAACCGGAGGAGAGCGUAGAGGGAAAAGAAAUGAAAGUCAUUGACCGUGAAAAAUGCGUGGCGAAACACAGGAGGUUCUGACACAAAAAGACCCUCCCGGGAGCAAGCCAUGACUUCUGGAGCCAGCAUCUCUGGCCCGGGAUGAAGGCUUGCCCAUUGCCGUGCGGCCACUUGGGGUGCAAAACUGGGGUUUGAGGGGGGCUGUUGCCCCCCAGUGUCUUGCUCUGCCUGGAGAUGUCUCUGCAGAGGUCCCUGGACAGGAUGCCUCUUCCUCAGUCAGCGCUGGCAAAAGCCAUCUGGGGACACGCUCCGUCCUCUGGAACUCUUCCUUGUGUGACUCGCAGCUCACGUGUGACAGCGCUGCUCCAAACUUGGCCAUCUCCAAGGACCGGCUUUCUUUGGGAUGUGGGGUUCACUCUCAGAGGAAUCAUGGCAGCCCUGCUUUCUGUGUUGGGGUCUCCCUUUCAGCUAUGGAGCAGCUUCAGUUCCCAGUGCAAAAGGAUCUUGCAAUGGCUGUGCAGAUAGCAGCACCGUUUCUGAAGCAUCAGAGGAGAUGUCAGAGCCAUCAGGCUGAGGGACGGCAAUGCCAGCAAAAGAUGGCCCGUGUUUCAAAAGGGAGGCAGCCGUGCCAGCUGGAGAACCUCUCUCACAGCUCCAUCCCCAGCAAAGAGCUGUCUCUAGAGCAGUUCGUGCUGCUUACAGGCAAGAUCAGCCUUUGCAUUUGAACCACCUUCUUGCAGAGGUGACAGGAAACAUCCUCUGGUUUAUGUCGUUCUAGCUGCAAAGGCCAGGACAGUGUUCAUGAGGGAGCAAGCGAUGAGCACAUUUCCUGGUCAGCAGCCGCUGGCUCGUGCCAACGGUCAAGAGAGGCAGAAGAAAUCCCUUCAGAACAGCUCCCUCUCAAAAGACAUCCUUCUGCUUGAUGAACCGCAGGGAAAGGCAUCCUAAACCAGGCACUUUGACCUUGUUUUCAGCCCAGGUUCCCAGUGCUGGUGCACUCGUGAGCCAGUCGCUGCACAUCUGCCACCAAGGGGAAUCGCCUCCGAGGCCAACUGUGCCAUGGGGAAAGGAAAGGGUGAAACGUCGGGAGAGUUUGAUUUAGUGCACAACACGGAUAAAGCCAUUCUCUCUGCCAUUAAAACUGAGGGUAUUUAAUUCAGGGAAAGGAGAUUUCAUUCCCCAUGACCUGUGCGAUUGUCUUUUGAAUCUGGGCACGGGCUGCAGUGACCUGCCACAACAUUUGAGGUGUCACCAGCUGCAUUGUGGGUGUUAAAGUGGGAAAGGCAGGAGGGAGCCUCAGCAUCUCCCAUCCCGUGGGUGACUUCAUCACAAAGGACCAGGGCGGCGCCCACUGGCUCCUGGGGCGGCUGUUGCCGGGCAACAGAGACACUAUAUUGUCCCCUGUCACCUGUGCCCCUCGCCCAUUUGGUCCUUGGCCGUGGUGGGAUCACUUGCCGUGGUGGGAUCACUGUGGUGGUGGACUCAUUUUGGCAGUUGGAUCGCUUUUGGUGGUGGGAUCACUACUGGUGGUUGUAUCACUUUUGGUGGUUUGAUCGCUUUUGGUGGUUGCAUCACUUCUGGUGGUGGGAUCACUUUUGGUGGUUUGAUCGCUUUUGGUGGUUGAACCGCUUUUGGUGGUUUGAUCACUUUCGGCACUUGGAUCGCUUUGGUGACUGGAUCGCUUUCAUCACUUGGAUUGCUUUCGGCACUUGGAUCUGUUUUGGUGACUGAUCGCUUUCUGUGGCAAGAAGGAGCAGGAGAAAGGCUGCUGGCUGCCCAUCCCUCCAAGAUCACCUCUGGACAGAAAAGCUCCCGUCUUCCCACAUCAGGCUCCGUGUUUUCCGGCAGAGCAGCAGCGAUGGCCACACUCGGUCUGCUGGAGAUGCUGAAGGCCGCCAUCGGGACACCCAAUUUGGGGGUUGUUGACUUCGUGGCGCUUCACAAGUUGCUCGAGGCCAUCAUCGGGCAGCUGGGCCAGCUGCAGCUGUCUGUCCUGGAGCCAGGGCAGAGCCCGGCCCCCGGCCUGGCAAAGGACCAGGACAGCAAGGACCAGCCUGGCCAGGAGAAGGAGGAGGACGGAGCCCUGGGCACAGGGCAGCAGCUCUGGAAACCAGAGGAGCAGCUGGAGGGGACCGGGAGCAACUCCGAGGUCUCCUCCAUGGCCAAGGAGCUGAUGCCAACAACAACCAAGGAGGAGGAGAGAGCCGUCUCCAAGAAAAGGGCUUCGCUCCAGCACCUGUGGGAGGAGAUCAACAAGUUUAAGGAGGCGCAGUGCGGCCUGGCAGAGGACAUGCGGGCCAUGCAGAAGGCGCACUCUGGCAUGGCAGAGGACAUGCGGGAGAUGAAGGAGGCGAUGCAGGAGGCGCAUUCUGGAAUGGAACAGGACAUGCGGGCCAUGCAACAAGCGAUGCAGGAGGGUCAUUCUGGCAUGGAAAAGGACAUGAGGGAGAUGCAGGAGGCCAUGCAGAAGGUGCAUUCUGCCCUGACAGAGGACAUCCAGGAGAUGAAGCAGGCACAUGUCGGCCUGGCAGAGGACAUGCAUGCCCUGCAGGAGGCGCAUUCUGGCCUGGCAGAAGACAUCCAGGAGAUCCAGGAGACACUUGGCCUGGUGAGCAUCCCCUGA